AUUUUUAAAUGCCAAACAAAUAUUACGACUUAGAUUCAAACUAAGCUAAGAUUAAAGGAAGAUAGAGAAUUGUUAUAUAUUGUUAAUUGUUAAUGCUGUUAUUGUUAUAAAAAAUUGCAUAAUAAUUUAUCACUUUUGAUCAAACAUUCAGUUAAAAGGAUUUAUGACAUGGAUUAAUAAAACAGAUUUGGUAUUCUUAUUUUAUAUUACAUUAUAGAGUGAAGGAUAUUUAAAUAUCAUCAGAUGUUUCAAGAAACCUAAAUAUAUGGUAAAACAAAAAGAAAGACAUUGGAAUAUUUGAGAUAUAACAAUGGGUUCAGCUUGUGUGACUGAAUAUCUUCGGAUCUACCAAAAAUAUUAAAUAUAUGGUUAAACAAAAAGAAAGACAUUGGAAUAUUUGAGACGUUACAAUGGGUUCAGCUUGUGUUACUGGAACUAAGGUGGAGAAAGUUUCAAUUCCGGCAGUUAAUGCGGAGAGGGCUCCCCAUCCACUACAGUUGACAAAGAAAGUGUGCCGAUUCUGCUACAUGCGAUAUGACCAAUGUAAAUGUAUUGAUCAGUGUGUGUCAUAUACUCCCCUCGGAAGUAAAUCCGUCGAGGAUUUGAAGUUUGUUUAGAAAGAAAACAUAUUGGGUAAUUUAACCGUAAAUGUGUCGACCAGAAUGUGUCAUAUACAACUCCAAAUAGUAAAUCUGUGGAGGAUUUGAAGUAAAUCUGUGGAGGAUUUGAAGUAAAUCUGUGGAGGAUUUGAAUUUGUUUAGAAAGAAAAAAGUAUUUAAAAAAAAAAACAGUCUUCUGAUAAUUGUAAUUGUAUGGACCAGUGUAUUUCAUAUAUAUGCCCCUCAGGAAUAAAUUUGUUUGUUGCCCCUUGGGAGUAAAUUGGUUCGUUGCCCCUUGGGAGUAGAUCAGUUUGUUAACUAGAAGGCACAAAAAUAUUGAGGAGAUUUUCUACACUCAAUAGAAAAGAAAAUUAAUACUGAUGUAAAAGAACGAGGCAGUUAUUUGACAUUACUUGAGAAAUGUGACAAGCGUAGGAAGAAAGAAUUUUCCUGAGGAGAAUUUGCAUUCAAAAUAUAUUUGUUUACUGCAUACCAUUACUUUCAAGACGUUUUUUUGUCAAAUUGACAAAAUAAAACGUAAUUCUGGAAAUGGGAGCUGGAAAUUCCUGUGGAUCGUCGAAGGAUGUAGAAGAACAAAAACUGGAUUCCACAAGAAAACACUUGCAAAUAGAAAACCUUAUUCUGUGUUCGCUUUGUCUUGAACGGUACAAGGAUCCAAGAAUGCUAAGUUGCCAGCAUACGUUUUGUUUUAACUGCAUCAAAGAACACAUCAGAACCGCUGAACAAAAUCACAUACCUCAAGUUUCAUGUCCGCAGUGUAAAGUCCCAGUAUUAACCACACAAACGCUGAUAAAUUCCCCACCAGAGAAAUGGGAAAGACUUCUACCAAGGAACAUCACAAUAGAAAAAAUUCUCGACAAUUUGCCAACUGAUGAAGAAUAUUGUGAUGUGCAUGCUGAUAAAUUGUACGAAUAUUUCUGUGAAGCAGACAUGAAACUGUGCUGCAGUAGCUGUAUUUUGGAGGAACACAAAAAUUGUAAAAAAGUUACUCCGAUUCUGGAAUUUACCGAUGAUAAUACAAGAUUUAGCGGAGUAUGUAAAAAGCUACUUGCAGAGCUCAAAAAGGCUGUUGGACAUACACAUACAAUGCUAAACCAGUUGAGGAAUAAUGUACGAAAACUUGAAAAGGACAAGGAGUCAGUUUUCAAACAAUUGGAGGAAUUUCGAGCCAGCAUUAUGAACCAUAUUGAGAAUAAUGAGAAAGCAAUUAAGGAAGAAAUAACUGAUAUUCUGAACAACAAGUAUGAUGAAAUUGAAGUUGUUGAAGACUUGGAUGAGAAAUUUAAGGAGUAUGAAGAAAAAUUGAGUGAUCAGUCAAAUUUUGAAGCUGUGCAAAAACUCCGAGCGCUGACAAUUGUUGACCAUUUCAGUAAGGAAGAUUUUGAAGACCUGCAAACAGCUCAAACAAAGAUUAAAACUGUAACUGUUGAGUUUGUUCUUGACAGUAUUAAAAUGGGCAUUGCCAAGAAACAGCUUACUAGUUCUGUGGGACACUUCCUUGUUUAUGAUAGGCCUGUAUAUUAAUAUUUGCAGAACAUUUCUAAGGAAUUUAUAUAAAAAAAUUCACAAUAAUUGAUCAAAAAGUUAUUAUUCAUUGUCAUGGUUGUCCUUCCUUCUGCAGUUUACACUGUUACCAAAUUGUAUGCUGUUUUGUUUUUCAAUAAAAUAUUCCCUUUCCUUCAAAGAUAUCCCUUUUUCUCCUAUACCAUAUGCAAUUUUGUUAAAGUGACACUCUUAUUCAAAAUCAAUACAUAUAUACUAGGAAUGGCAACGAGUACCCGAGUACUCGAGUACUCGAUCGAACGUCCGAGUACUCGAGUACCAAAUCACUACUCGAGUACUCGAAAAAAAAAACAUUUAUAAAAAUCACCAAAAACACGAUUUACAGACAAAAUCUCAGAUCUGGUUAGUUGCCAAGAGGACAAUUUACGGUCCCUCUAAUCCCCGCUGUGUACACAAUUGACCUCAAUCAAUUAGUUGACAGUUGUUGUGAUAGUUGCAAACUGUCAACAACGGACCUCUAUUUCAAAUUAGCACUGAUGUCAAUUAGCGAAGUUUUGAUAGCGGUACUUUCAACUACACAAUUUAUUGUAUACCAAUUAGAGACCUUUCACCAAACAAUGGAGGCUAACGAGCGAAAGAGUAUCGACCAUACGAAAAUUGAUUUCUUAAUGGGUGUAUUUUAACUAUUUUUGCAAUGAUUAUCACAAUUGAUUGGUUGAUAUUUUAAAUCAAGAAUUAUGACUAUUAAUGAGGAAAACAACAAUUAUAAAGUACGAAAAACUAUCAUUUUUAAAAAUAAUAAUUGUAGAGUAAACAACUGAACUUCGUAUUGAAUUUCGUUCACUAUUUUUAUGUAUGCUAUUAAUUUUCGUUCAUUGUAAUUCUGAAUGUUGUUCAUUUCUGCAGUGCAUACUUGUAUAAAAUGAAACGAAAAAGACAAAUUAAAAACCUGAAACAACAUUUGUUUUCUUUUCAUAUCAUUUUUUGUUAAAAUAUGUAAUGAAAGUUUACUUUAAAGGUGAAAAUGACCAAUAAUACGACCAACGCACAAUAUACAACGAUACAGUACAUGUAUACACAAUCUUGUCUGCGAACACAUAUUCAAUUUUUCCGAGUACCCGAGUACUCGAUCGAACGAUCGUCCGAGUACUCCAGUAUUAAUUUAACUACUCGAUGCCAUCCCUAAUAUAUACACAUGUAUAACAUGUAUAACAAACAUAAAUGUUGAGUGAUAAACCUUUAACUACUUACUAAGUAAUGCAUUUAGGGAGGAUAUGAAUUACUGAAAACAAGAUUGAAAACUUGUAUUUAAUAGCUGAAAACAUAAAAAUAUUAAAUGAUUGGUGAAUGGAAAAAGAUUUACUGUGAUCUACUAUAGUCUCAUAACGUAGAAAUACCGUCUUUUAUGCACAUAUUUUUUUUUUUCAUCCUUUUUGGAAUAUUAAAACAAAAGUUUUAAAUGUGGAAAAUCUUACGUAGGAAUAAGAGUGCAUCUUUAAAAAAACCCUCGUAAUCAUGAAUUAUUUAUGAGGCAGUUUCAUUGGUUUCUCAAUGAAACCUCUCUCCAGAAAUCUGACUCUCAAAUAUGCACAUACACUUAUACUUAUGUUUUUCCAUAGAAAAUAUAUUCUGUUAAAAGCUCAAAUUGAUCUUGGUCUUAUUGAUCUAUACAAAUUUUAAUCUAGCCACUUAGACCACUUGCAUGUGGAGACAACUGACAGUACAGAUUUAUUGAAGAGUAUUUCAUUAUAAGAAGAGUUGUCUCCCCUGUCGCAUGCAUAUUCAUAUAAACAACAUUUCGUCAGUCAAUUUUCCCCCAGUUGUUUAUGAAGUGUAACAUAAGAAACGAAAGUACCGAGGUUGCCAACUUAAGUUAAAUAAGUGGAUAUUAACAAGGGGCAGCUGAUGCAGCCACUUCUCUUUGAAGGAAAGGAAUAGAUUUGAUAUGUAUUCAAACUCAAUAGUAAUUAUAGCACUGUUUAUGAAGUUGAGAAAAUACUCAAGAAAUAAGCAACAGCUUUGUUCAAGAAAAUAAA